AUGGUCAGGUACGAGGGUACUUUUGUUGUUGUUGGAGGUGGAAUUGCGGGGGUGUCUUGUGCUGAAACUAUUGCAUUUUACUGUCCGGAAGAGAAAAUUAUCCUUCUGACUGAGUCAUCCUUGAUCAAAGCUGUGACUCAAUUAGUGCCUCUGGGAAAAGCCCUGACACGAUUUGAGGUGGAAGAGAGGAGUGCAGAGACAGUAGGGAAGUCUGUCCAGGUGGUUACUGACCAACUGGCAGCUGUUAAGAGUCAGGAGAAGGUUAUUGUGACGAAAGAAGGACAUGAGAUUUCUUAUAAAUACCUCUGCCUCUGCACAGGAGCUCGCCCUAAGUUGAUUGAGAAGCAUCCCAAUGUCAUUGGGAUACGAGAUACUGAGUCAGUGGCAGAAUUUCAGCGAAGGAUCAAGGAUGCGGGGAGAAUUGCCUUGGUGGGAAAUGGUGGAAUUGCAAGUGAGAUUGCUUACGAAGUCAGAGGAGUAGCCGUUGAUUGGAUUAUCAAGGAUAAUCACAUGUCCUCGACCUUCUUAGAUCCAGGAGCUGCUGAAUUCUUCAGAAAAAGUCUCAGUGAGAAGCACAUCAAAGUCCCCGAGCCAUCCUCCAUCAAGAGGAUGCGCUAUGGCGAGACGCAGGGCAGCAGUGGGGCAGCUCUUGGGCCAGAUUGGCAUCGGAUGCUGGAUGUUUCCGGAAAUGCUCGCAAUCUGCCCGAUUCCGUCAACAUUCACUACGGCUGCGAAGUCAGGAAUGUGUCUGCAGGCCAAAAUGCUAACGGGAGAAAAUUAUGUGUUGACUUGACAAAUGGUCAAGCUGUGGAGUGCGACUUUGUCGUCUCAGCGACUGGUGUCAAUCCCAGAAUUGAUUACACAGUGGAUUUGGGCCUGGAGUGUGCCACAGACGGUGGGAUUUCAGUCAAUAAACUCAUGCGAACUUCUAUUGCGAAUGUUUAUGCUGCUGGUGAUUGUUGCACAGCAUCCUGGCCACUGGCUGAAAAUUGGUUUCAGAUGCGACUCUGGACUCAAGCCAGACAAAUGGGCAUGAUGGCAGGGAAAGCAAUGGCUAUGACAUAUUUGGGGCAGGAGGAUGACAUUGUCCAGGACUUCUGUUUUGAAUUCUUUGGACAUGUCACGAAGCUCUUUGGGCAGCAGGUGGUUCUCCUGGGACGAUACAAUGGUCAGGGAUUGGGAACCAACUACGAAGCCAUGGUACGAGUGACUCCUAAUAAGGAAUACAUAAAGCUCGUUCUGGUCAAUGGGAAGCUCCAAGGAGCUGUUCUUAUUGGAGAAACUGGCCUUGAGGAGACAUUUGAGAAUCUUCUGCUCAAUCAACUUGACCUAACGCCCUUUGGGACUGAUCUCCUAGAUCCCAACAUCGACAUUGAGGAUUACUUCGACUAGCACAAUCCCUAUCCCUUCAACCCCUUCAACGAACCCUCAGCAAUUCUUCCCAAAUUGUAGAGAAAGUAAUUAAUAAAAUUGAUUCAGAUGAUAA